AUGUCUCUCCUAUUUAUAGUACAGGCGGCCCCUACCCACGAGGUCUUUCUGUCCUUUCUUCCUUUUAUUUGCGUCUUGUGUCAUUGCGCUCCAUCUACACCAGCACAACGGAGUCCCUUUUUCCCGGAGCGCAACAUCACUGCAAAAUCCUUCCAUCUUCGACAACCAUCAGAAUAUCUGUUUUCUUUUUUUAAAAAAAAAAAAGUCAUGGAGCUCACUGGGUCUCCAUUCUUCACUGCCCCAGUGGAAGUUCGACACCAGAUCUACAGUAUGUUACUGGGUACAGAGACGCACAUAUUUCUACACGAGGGGCAGUUACAUACUGUGCCUUGCCAAGGGCCAGACGACGAGUCCUGGCGGCGGCCACAAAGCGAUACUAACAAAGAGGACCCUCAAUGGGCUCGUCGGGUUGACUCAUAUUGGGGCUGUCAUUGGAAAUGCGAGGAGGUCUACCUCGAUGGUUUAGAGAAACCGGAAGAGGCAUCACAUAUGCCAUUACUUUCACUUUUGCUAUGCUCCAAGGGAAUGUUCGCCGAUGUUAUCGGCUUCUUGUCUCAGCCAAGUCAAUGCCUGCACAUGACCGACUUGGAAACUAUUGAUCACGUAUUGUCGAUUUCUUUCCCCAGCAAUUCUGCAGGUUCCUCUUUAAUAUGGAGUUUACGAGAUCCCAAGCAGUGGUCCUUCACCAAGUACAUCUCGAACAUCAGUCUUACCCUGCGCCUUCAUUUGUCAAUUCUCAACACCCUUUUUAUUCCUGCACUUUCAAAGGAGCCGAAUCUACCCCAGCUACCGAGACCUUUUGCCACUCUUGAGAGGAGCGGAUGCAGACGGCAACAUGAACAGUGGAUGCGCAUCUGGCCAGCUUUACUGGAGUUGCCUUGCUUGCAGCGAUUCACCCUCUGGCUCGACCACCAUGGCGACUAUUGCUGGGACAUUGUCUGCGAAAGGGAGGUUCUACAGGACCUCACAGACAUCACGCCCACUCUCAAGAAUCGCAACGCGCAAAUUAUUGUGAAUCUCCCUAAAUUGAGCGAUGGAAGGGAUGUUUCGGACAGAGACCAUUUCGUCGAUCAGCCACCCGAGUUCGAGAUCCAUAGACGCACGCGUUUUUCAUUAAAAAAAGAAGCGUGGUGGGGCAGAAGCCAGGUGUGUUGGGUUGAUAACGAGUGUAGCGAACCUAUCCCACCUGAGUUGGUUGGGAUAAACGUGCUUCGGGCAAAUUUUGAUUUAACCACUUGGGAGGCGCUAGGAUAUGAUGUCGGAAGUCAGGAAUUUGAAGAUAUUAUGUUUCCAGACAAGGAGAUGCUGUCGGAAUUUAAAGUGCAAUAUUAA